UCUUUUUUUUCUCUUCAGCAAAUGAAGUCGGAGGAUGCUCCUUGCUUUGGUUGUUUCCCCCCCCCUCCACUACCUUCCCCCCUCUCCCUCCCCAUCCCAACCCCAUGGUCCUUCGGACAUCAGCCGGGUUUUUGAACCUGGGGAGGAUGGAGCGGGGCAAUAUGUGGCUUUGAGCCUUGAGGCCUUUUUUUGAGAUUAUAAAGUGGUAUUUUAGCAGAGAGGGGGAAAAAAAAAAGAAAGUUUUUGGUCCCUCCCGGCGUGCCAUUUGCCGAGAGGCAGAGGAGGGUCCGGGGUGAGGGGAUGGAUUUCAACCCCAAUUUUCCAGCCAGCUCCCCAUCCCUCGCCUUUACCAGCAGCUUGGGGUUGAACCGGACUCCAGAAAAACCCCAAACCAAACCCAAACAUCGCUUUGCUGCUUGGUUGUUGUUUUUUUUUUCCCCUUUUAUUUUUCUUUUUCUCUUUCUUUUUUUCUCUUCUCUGUUUUCAGGACAAACCCCACGUUCCCACGGGUCGGAAAACGCCCCCGCGUGCAGCACCCGGUCUCAGCUAGAGCUGGAGAUGGACGCGGAUAAGGGGAAGCAACGCCAGUACUCGCAGAGGAUGGCGGAGCCGCGCUUCAACAACCCCUACUUCUGGCCGCCCCCCCCCACCAUGCCCAGCCAGCUGGACAACCUGGUCCUGAUCAACAAAAUCAAGGAGCAGUUGAUGGCAGAGAAGAUCCGGCCCCCUCACUUGCCCCCCACCUCGGUGGCCUCCCAGCAGCCCCUCCUGGUGCCCCCCUCCCCUGCCGAGAGCAGCCAGUCCAUCAUGUCCCUCCCCAAACUGCAGCAGGUCCCGGGCCUUCACCCUCAAGCCGUCCCCCAGCCCGACGUGGCCCUGCACGCCCGGCCAGCCACCAGCACCGUCACAGGGUUGGGGCUGGCUUCCCGCGCGCCGGCCGUCAGCACCUCCGAAUCCAGCACGGGGACGGGGACCACCACCCCCUCGACUCCCACCUCCACCAGCCAGAGCCGUCUCAUCGCCUCCUCGCCCACCCUAAUCUCAGGGAUCACCAGCCCCCCCCUCCUCGACUCCAUCAAGACAAUCCAGGGCCACGGUUUGCUGGGAGCACCCAAGGCCGAACGAGGCCGGAAGAAAAUCAAAGCUGAGAAUCCCUCUGGCCCCCCGGUGCUGGUGGUGCCGUAUCCCAUCCUGGCCUCGGGAGAGACCGCCAAAGAGGGCAAGACCUACAGGUGUAAGGUCUGCCCCUUGACGUUCUUCACCAAGUCGGAGAUGCAGAUCCACUCCAAGUCGCACACCGAGGCCAAGCCCCACAAGUGCCCCCACUGCUCCAAAUCCUUUGCCAACGCCUCCUACCUGGCCCAGCACCUGCGCAUCCACCUGGGCGUCAAACCCUACCACUGCUCCUACUGCGAGAAGUCCUUCCGCCAGCUCUCCCACCUCCAGCAGCACACCAGAAUCCACACCGGUGACAGACCCUACAAGUGCCCGCACCCCGGCUGCGAAAAGGCCUUCACCCAGCUCUCCAACCUCCAGUCCCACCAGCGCCAGCACAACAAGGACAAGCCCUACAAGUGCCCCAACUGCUACCGGGCCUACACGGACUCGGCCUCGCUGCAGAUCCACCUCUCUGCCCACGCCAUCAAGCACGCCAAGGCCUACUGCUGCAGCAUGUGCGGCCGUGCAUACACCUCGGAGACCUACCUGAUGAAGCACAUGUCGAAGCACACGGUGGUGGAGCACCUGGUGAGCCAGCACUCGCCCCAGCGCACCGAGUCCCCCGGCAUCCCCGUGCGCAUCUCCCUCAUCUGAGCCGCCCGCGGGCACGGACACGGACACCCACACCCCGCAGGAGCAGCACAGCAGCACAGGAGGAGGAGGAGGAGCAGCAGGAGGAAGAGGAGGAGGAUGAGGAAGGCCAGCCGCCCGCCCGCCCACCCGCAGCACCCCGGGGGCCGUGCGUGUGUCCCCGGCCCCGGGCCCUCCCCCAGGUUUGGUGACACCCAAAGACGGUCUCAGAGCACUUUGAAUCUCUGCGGUUCGGUUUCUGAUUUGGGGGGGAGGGGGUGGGGGGA